GCUUCCACCAUAGCUUCCACCAGUAGCACCACAGCAGCCAUUGCUCCACCAAACCAGUCGCUAGCACGUUUUGUGAUUCACCUGCUCGCCCUGGAUUCGAGCUGGCGAAGAAUAGCACGCAUCUAUUCCCGUAGCUGAAUGAGGAUGUGUCGCUUGUGGCUCUGACACUUCCUUAGUCUACACUCGUAGCAGCUAGCUUGGGUUAGCCCGGGUUAGCCUGGGUUAGCUGUCCCGUACCCUGCGUUCAAUCGGGACCACUUUUUCGUUGAUUGGACCUGUAGUUUAAUUAGGCUUCCGGUGCUGCAGGUGGUGGAUUCUCCUUGUUUCCUGCACGGAUCGGAGGAACCGGGAGCUGGGGACGAUGCUGGCGACCGGAGCAGCUGUGACUAAUGUGACAGCUCUGGCCCAGGUGGACCGGGAGAAGAUCUACCAGUGGAUCAAUGAGCUGUCCAGUCCGGAGACCAGGGAGAACGCCUUGCUGGAGCUGAGCAAGAAGCGUGAAUCCGUGCCCGACCUGGCGCCCAUGCUCUGGCACUCCUGUGGCACCAUCGCUGCCCUGCUGCAGGAGAUCGUGAACAUCUAUCCAUCUAUAAAUCCGCCCACACUGACGGCUCACCAGUCUAACCGAGUGUGCAAUGCCCUGGCACUUCUGCAGUGUGUCGCCUCGCACCCGGAAACACGGUCGGCGUUUCUCGCGGCUCACAUUCCUCUUUUCCUUUACCCCUUCCUGCACACUGUGAGCAAAACACGGCCAUUUGAGUACCUGCGACUCACCAGCCUCGGCGUCAUCGGUAACUCUCCUGUUGCUUCGACAAUUUGCAUUAUUUGUUUAUGUUUCAUUGAUUCUCAACAAGAUGUCUCUGUAUCUAUUGCAGGUGCUUUGGUCAAAACGGAUGAACAGGAAGUGAUUAACUUCCUCCUCACCACUGAAAUCAUCCCGCUGUGUCUCCGUAUCAUGGAAUCCGGCAGCGAAUUAUCCAAGACGGUUGCAACUUUCAUACUUCAGAAGAUUCUCUUGGAUGACACAGGGCUGGCCUACAUAUGUCAGACUUAUGAACGUUUUUCCCAUGUGGCGAUGAUCCUUGGCAAAAUGGUGUUGCAGCUGUCAAAAGAACCAUCAGCACGUCUGCUGAAGCACGUUGUUCGCUGCUACCUUCGCCUCUCAGAUAAUCUCAGAGCCAGAGAAGCCCUGCGUCAGUGUUUGCCCGACCAGCUGAAGGACAGCACCUUUGCUCAGGUGCUGAAGGACGACACCACCACCAAGCGCUGGCUCGCACAACUGGUCAAGAACCUACAGGAAGGUCAAGUCACCGAUGCAAGGGGCAUCCCGCUGGCUCCGCAGUGACAUGGACAAAGUGUGUGCUGACAGCGGACACAGAAGGAUUGUGCACAAAAGUUUCACAGUGUAGAUUAUGCGCUUGGCCAAAUGUGGUGCGAUAACACUGUCGAAAGGGACUUAAUAAAGGAGGAAGAUGUUUUGCUUUUGGAUGGAUUGCAAUCAACUAAUUUGUGUCAUCACCUCCACUUGAGGCUUCUAUCCCAACUGAAAGGCUUCUUAUUGAGAGCCUGGCAGAUAGAUAGAUCCAUAGAUAGGUUUUUAGAGCUGAUUUUGAUAAUGAUAUUGACAGAGAUGGGCAAGAAUACAUCAAAAUGUAUUUUGAUACAAACUACCUCUCAAAUAAAUGUAUUAAAAUAAAAUACAAAAUACUGGUGCCAGGAAAUGUAACAAUUUAAAAUAUAGGAAAUACUUUUUCUGGAUUUUCCGUUUUCUCACAGUUUGGUAUAGCAGAGCAUUCAGGUUUGGGCUAUAUAAUGUACACAAAGCUCUGGUGAACCCCACAAAAAAAGAACAGUCACAGAAUAUCAGUGUAACUAGGCAAAGCUAUUAAAAGACAACCACUUGAUUGAUUA